AUUGCACGCAUGCGGAAACCAAACGCAACACAAACCAGACAUUAUCGUUCUUAAUAAGUGAACCGCGAAUCGAUUUCUAUAAAAAAAUAAACGACGUCGGAACGUCCGCUCGCUAUGGUUGUCAAUCACCGAAUGACCGCCAUUUUGCUAUUGUGUAUUGUUUGUGUGGUGAAAUGUUGUGAUGUUGAUGAUGUAGCUGUUUAUAAAGUGAAAAUGAAAAUGCUGUGGAGUGAGGAGAGGUUCCCCAAGGAUUAUCCAACGAAUAGACCCAAAGCUCAAUGGUCUCCAGUGUUUGGUCAAUCGCACAAUACUUCGUACGCACUGUACCGCGUAGGUGACGUUGCCAGGCCCACAGUAAGGGCGUUCUCGCAGUUCGGAAAGAUUGAUGAACUAGUUCAAGAAGGAGAAAAUGAUCCAAAAGUUUAUGAUCAAUUUUCGACUCCCGCUAUCGGAGCGGGGAUUGGCGAGAGAGAGAAUGUGGUAUUGAUCGAUGGCGGUCACACUUUGGUAUCACUGAUAUGCCACCUGAUUCCAUCCCCGGACUGGUUUGUAGGUGUCGACAGCGUCGAUUUAUGUGUAGACUUCUCAUGGGUAGACCAAAUAACUUUAGACCUGGAACCUCUAGAUGGUGGUGCAGCAAGCGGUCUUACAUUCACCGCUCCUCGUUGGGAGACUGUACCACCAGAGCCUGUCACUAAGCACAAACCCAGAAACCCUGACCAUCCUGCAUCAGGUUUCUACUACCCUACGUUGAGGGAGCUACCAACCAUCGCCAAAGUGGAAUUCGCUAAAGUCAAAGAAUAUUCAUCGAAAGAAAUUAACGAACUAGCUCGCAAAGAUAUGUUGAUCAAAUUGAAACUUAAAGAUGCACAUAAAGGUUUCCAUACAGACAUACAUGACGUUGAUGAUGAUGAUGACAGUCAGGAAUUAGAAGCUGCAACCAAAAAUAAUGUUGAACGUCUCAUGGAGCUAGAAGAAGAACCAUUUGGCACACCCAAAGCUAACCAAGCUGAUAAUAACGUGAUAGUAGUAACUAAAGCACCGACGACUACGUCAACGACAGAAAAGGAAUUUGACAGUGAACUCAAGAAUAUGGAUGAAGUAGUUCUAGCAGUAGCCAAGGGUCGUAGAUUUGGUCUUGGAAAACAUCUUCCGAGGCAUUUCCGUUCAAGAUUGCACCACGCGGUCAACAGAAUUCAACCUGACGACUGCAUGGUGUCAGAAUGGAGUGACUGGACUCCUUGUUCUACAACCUGCGGGUUCGGUGACAAAUACCGAUCGAGAAAAGUGAUCAGGGAAAAAAGGGGAGACGGGAGGAAUUGCCCCCCGCUCGUCGACAGAGAACAUUGCGGGAACGUCAACUCCUGCAACCACAUGGACUACUUUGAGUGGUGAUAGUUUCAACAGGUUUUCAGAAUCAAGACCAAUAAAACUAGUGGCAGAUUCUGAAUAUUAUUUUUUUAGGACUGAGAGAAAAUCACUACAAUAUACUACUAUAAACUAACUUUGUACCUACUCGAAUAAAGUUUUAACAGGAGAUGAUGUAAAAUUUCACAGCGAAAUCGCCAUUAUCGCAUUUCUAGUUAACUUGACCAGGAAGCUGCACAAUAAAGUGCAAAUUUGUAUAGGUAAUGAAAUUGGUUUAGUAUCAUUUCUUUUCUUCAACAUGAAUAGUGCAUAAUUUGUAGAUCUCUUCAGAUAAAUAAAUAGUUUGAAUGUU